UCGGCGCGGUCGUAGACCGAUUAUCAACAUGGAGAACAAGGAAGAGGAAGAACGACAAGAAAACAGUACUGAAAUAAAUGAUUUAAAUGAGAGCAAACAAACAUCGAAUGAAUUGAUUGCGGUUAAGUCAAGUGCUGUAGUUAAAUAUGCUAAGAUGGGACCAAUAGAGACUUACUCCACAUUGGAACUUAAUACAGACAUCAAUCAACCACCACAUAACUGGCUUCAUGACAAUCUUCAAGGAAGGUUUAGCGAGUGGACUUCCUCAAGACAUGAUACUCCAACUGACUUAUCAAGUUUUAACCUAGCACAUUCAUUCCUCGAGAAUGUUGAUGAUGUUGACAUUAUUUCUGAUGCCGAGAACAUCAAGAAGUUAUUGAAAAUGCCAUUCAGCAAGAGAAGCUUGAGUUUGAGUGUGAACAAGAUUGGUAAAACUUUACUUCUUGAUGAAUUUGAUAUUCAAAAUACUCUUAGCCAGGCUGUCAAGAAAGAAAAACUUGACAGUUUAAGUUGGCUUCAAGAUGUGUUCUCAACGGAGGCGAAUAUGUCGAAAAAUCAAACAGUUCAACGGAGGAAAAAAAAUCCUGAAAAUAGUCGAGAACGUAACAUGAUGUCAAAGUUUCUUUGCUAUAGUUCUCCUGAAGGAAAUUUAGAUGAAGGUCCAUCGUCGUGUAUUGCCACUGGACCAAUUACAGAAAUUGAACAAUCCAGUUUAUGUAGAGAUCUGGUUCCUUUCCUACCAGAACCAGUUCUGAAGCCCCAAGAAAAGUCUCAGUUUCAACGAAAUGUUCUCUGGAAGUUUGAAGAUACGAAGAUGUUGAUUGGCUCCAACAUGCCCAUAUUUGGGGGUGGAAAAUAUCCAUCUGUGAGUUUGAGAUUAAAUGACUGUAGCAAGCCCAUAAAUGUCUUGACUGGUUUGGAUUAUUGGUUAGAUAAUUUAAUGUGCAACGUUCCCGAAGUGGUCAUGUGUUUUCAUAUGGAUGGAAUAGUUCAGAAAUAUGAGCAUUACAAAACAGAAGAUUUACCAAAUAUUGAAGGAAGCCAGUUUUCUCCUAAGGUCAUAAAAGAUGUCGCUCGAAAUAUCCUGUCAUUUUUGAAGUCCAACUGCACGUUGGAAGGACACACGUAUUGGUUGUUUAAAGGCAAUGGUAGCGACGUUGUAAAGCUCUAUGAUCUCACAUCUUUAUGUGAUAAAGCGUCAGAAGAUUCGGACAAUCCUUUCAGCAUUCCAGUGGCAAUGUUGUUGUAUAGAGUUGCUAAAAGUAUGAUGAAUCAAUCAGAGAUGAGCGAACGAGACUCCAACAUGGUUCAAGUGUUGUUGAUAAAUUGUCUUGAUCUUUUGAAUAACGCAAUACAUCCAGAUGAUCAUCUUGAGAUCAUCACAUCCUCUCAUUUCCUAUUGGCUGAAAUGUAUUCGAUGACCAAUCUGAAGUGCGAAGAUGGAGAUUGUUGUGAGAGUCCUGAUCUUGUGUCAGAUGAGGAUGAGUUACAAUGGCCCAAAACAAUGACUUUAAAUGAAUUCUCAAAAUCAGAAAGCUUUGAAGAGCCUUAUAAAGAGGUCAAAAAUGUCAAAGGUCCACCACAUAAAAGACUUCAGUUAUCUCUGUCUCAUGUUGUUCAGGCUUUGCAAAAUUUGCACAGAACAGUUCAAGACCCCAAGGAAUCUAGUAAACGUCACCAAAUCUUGCCUAGUCGUAGACCUUACCUUCUUGCCCUUCCUGACUCGACGUUUAUGGCGAGAAAUGGGGACGAUCGUGCACAGCACGUGCAAAAAGAGAUGACACCUUUGAAUUUUAACUUCCGCCAGUGGAAAGGGACUUUUGAGUCUGUUCUUCUACGUAAAGCUACUGAACUGUUUUCUGAACUUGCAUCUCUCGCCCUCGAAGAUGGUGCUAAUAAUGCUGCUCUUCGGUUUCUGCGCCUUUCUUUACUAUUACUUACUUCCAUACGUAGUCUGGAAUGGGUCAACGUUAAUAAAGAAACUGAUUUGCUACCCAUAGUGCUUUGCAAAUGUGCUGAUAUGUAUAUGUCUGUAGCGAAGACUCGUGAUGUCUAUCUGUCGACUUGCGAAGAGAAUUAUAGCAAGAGUUUAGAACACGAGCAUUAUUUUGCAACCAAUUAUCAAACUGCUGAUAAAGCGGUGUAUGAUUUGAAAGUUGAUUUAACGACAAGCGUUGUUGAGUUAUUAGAGGAAAGUGAACGCUUAUAUGAGCGAGUCUUGGAUGUCUCUACUAGUUCUGAUGACGUAGAGUAUCUGGUGUCCGUUACCAGGAAACUAGGUUAUGUUAGAAACGAACUUGGUUUGUUUCAUAUGAAUACCGCUGUCAACACUACCGUAGCCUCGAACGAAAUUCAAGCGAUUUUGAAAAAAAGUUUAGACGCGUUUACUGCCGGCAUCCGAGCUUUCGAGGCUGUGGAUGACAGAGCAAAUACAGCGUUGCUUCACUCGAACUGUGGCAGAUUAAAGCGUGCGCAUGCUCAAAUAUUAUUCAACGCCACUGAAAAACGAGGCAAGUUCACCAUAACUGAAAGACAGUAUUACGCUUCUGCUCUUGAACAUUACAACAAAUCACUUGGUGCGUUGAGAGAGCGGAAGCAUUUUCCUGAGGUAUGGGACCGAAUCUCGUGGGAGUUAUCCGGGACUUAUUUCACUGUGGGAACUUUGGCUCAAGACUACUGUACUAAGGAAGAGACUGAAGCCGAGAGGGAAAUAUCAGACGUUUUGUUCAAGUCUUUGAAGUAUUGCGAGGGAUUGGUAUUUCCAAAUGAAGAUCUUCAAAGAUAUGUUCAGCACAGAAUCGGAUCAAUUCACUUUCGCCUUGCAUCUCUUUAUCACAACUCCUACCGUAUGAUUAAUACGUUUGAAUCGAACUCUAAAAAAAAGCGCCAUUUAGCGGAAUAUCAUUACGGUAAAGCCAAUGAAUAUAUUGACGUCACUUUGUAUCCGAUGGAGUGGCUAAGAUUGAAUCUGGAACGAGUAGCUUUGAUGGAACACCAACUGAGUGUGACGCGAGGCAAAGAGACGAACAAAAUCUACGAAGCCAUUUUGAAAAUAUUGUUUUCCUUAAAGAAAGUUUUCGUAGUUUUUGGAGAAGGUGGUGGGCUAUCCGCUGAUGAACAUGUGAGCUUCUUCGGUCUUACGGGAGAGGAGGAUAGCGGUAGUAGUACGCCAGAGGUUGAAAAAAGCAGAGAUUGUAGAGUGUUGAAUAAAGAAAUCAGAAAUUGUUCGACAGUUGAUGAAGAUAACAGCAAUGACUGUACAUUGAAUGUGAAUGAAGAAUUCAUCACUCUUGCAAAAAUUUUCGAAACAAGACUAAAACACUGUUUGCAACAAUACAUCAAAUAUUGUUCGAAUAUGAAAAACUCUGUGAGCAAACAACAAAAAGAACGCGAGGACGUGUUAAAGCGAAUGUUUGAACUCAUGUUACGUGCGAGCGUUAAGCUGAAAACAAAUGACGUUAUUCAAUUGUCCUGUUUCAUCGUAGAGACUAUCAUUUCUGUAGAGAAAAUAUACGAUAAUCUUAAAUAAAUCUAAAACAUAUACUGUCUUUGCUCCAUUAAUGUAAUUUUUUAAUUAAUGACGUCAGUAAUUGCAACAAGAGACUCGUUUACCACGUCACAAAUGUAAUUGCUAUUGGUGAAAAAAAAUUGCUCGUGAUUAUACGGUGAAAAAAUAACUAA